UUCAGGUAAGAACUCCGAUAACUCCGGCAAUUAUAUCAAUUACCGGAAAAAUGGCGAUCGUCUCUCGAAGCAGUUCAAGAAAUUGGAUUUUUCCUCUGAAAGUUCUGCUCAUCUUGGUUGGUGUCUGUUCGCUGGCUGUGGUUUUAAAGCUCUCCCUUCCGGUGUUAUCGGGCUUCUUAGUUUCUCAACUUCCUCUGCUUUGGAGCUCUCUGCGCUCGUGGCUUACGCCUCCGUACCUCUACUUCGUCAUCAAUGGCAUCAUCAUUACCAUAGCUGCGUCUUCGAGGUUCCAGCAUAAGGUCGAAGAGCAGCCGGAGCUAGUAGUGCCAGUAGCGGUGCCGGUGAAAGCUGAGGUACGACCUGAUUUCACCGUUGCCACGGGAUACGACGCCGUGGUGUUGAAGAAUCCUGUCAGCGUAGCACAACAGUUCGAUUACGAUGCUGUUGCUACGGCGAAGGAUCUUGUGGAGGCUACUCAGCCUGUUUAUGGAGAUUUGGUGCCGGCGAUGGUGUACGGACAGGAUGAGGUUAGUGUGACGGAAGUGAAGAGUCCUGUGGUGAGCACUUCCGAGGACGACGACGAUGAGGAUGGCUUCGUGAUUUCGAGGUCGACUUGGAUGCCGCAGGCCAGGGACUCAACGGAGAUUCCAGCUGAUUAUUCGUUUGCGACGGAGAAACCUCUGGUUUCCGUUCGAUUUGGGUACCGGAAAAACGUCAAAUCUAGUCCUGAAGCUGGCAGAACACUGGGGGUGACGAAGUGGAAGCGAAACGAUACGCUGGAGAGCACAUGGAAGAUGAUAACGGACGGGCGCCCGAUCCCACUGACCCGACAUCUCAAGAAAUCCGAGACGUUUGACAUGUUGGGUCGACACAACGGCGGCAACAAUCCCAACUCGGGCUCACCAGAGGGGUCCCCUGUGAAGAUGAUGAAAUCUGAGACGUUCAAGAGCCACAACAGCAACACCUCGUCGUCGUCACCGUCGCCCAGUUCGGGAAAGCUCCGGAGGGAACCGUCACUGGGCCAAGAAGAGUUGAACCGGCGGGUCGAGGCAUUCAUAAAGAAAUUCAACGAGGAGAUGAGGUUGCAGAGACAAGAGUCUUUGAAUCAAUACCAUGAGAUGAUCAACCGUGGUGCAGCACCUUAACCAUUGGUACUCUGUGCCU